CUUGCUUCACUUGCAUCAUCUUUGGCAAUUUGGACCAAUCACAAUGCGAUGUCGUGUCACUGUGGAAAUACGGCAAGCGUCGAGGUCUGUCAAUUCUUCUUUGACUGUUCGUUGUCACUCUCCAGCUGAGAAACAAGACCCAUCCUCGUAGAGUCAGCACGAUGAGAAGCAGCAGAUGUGGUCUCCUCCUCUUCCUGUCCUCCUGUCUGCUGUGUGUCCACUGUCAUGGGGACCAUGUCCAGAGACAGCCGCCUGUGGUUGAGAGUGGUGCCACCUUAUCGAGUCACGGUCGCUUUGACAAAGCGGCGGUCCAAGAUAAAGACCACAUAAUGGAGCAUUUGGAGGGUGUCAUUGACAAACCAGAGAAAGAAAUGUCGCCUCAGGAGCUUCAGCUGCACUAUUUCAAGAUGCAUGAUUACGACGGCAACAACCUGUUGGAUGGACUGGAGUUAGCUACAGCUAUUACGCAUGUCCACAGAGAGGAAAAAGGAGAAAACAGCCAGCCGAUGCGCGAGGAAGAUCUAAUGAAUCUAAUCGAUGACGUUCUGAGGGACGAUGACUUAAACAAUGAUGGUUACAUAGACUACGCUGAGUUUGCCAAAUCACUGGAAUAACACAUCACCUCACACAACGCUGUGUUUGCCCACAACACAGCAAAAUGGAACCUGCACAGCCUUCAGAGUGGCCACUUGUUUAAAACAUCAUUUUCUUUUGCAGGAAUCAGUCAAGUUUUCUUUGCUAUCUUGCAGCAGCAGCAAGCUAGAUAAUUCAUAGCAAAACACAAAAUCAAACAUUACCCUGUGGGCGACAUGUCUGCACUAUUAAUGAUUGUAAAUUCCUACAAUAGUGCCUUUUAAAGGGGCCACUUCAUUUAAAUCACAUUUAGUAGUGUAUUCCCGAGCUAAAAAUGCACUGAGCCACAGCUGGAUUACAACUCAAACCAAAAGUGUGAUACUUAAAAAAAAAUUAAAAAAAAUGCCCGAACGUUGUAUCCGGAUGAUGAUAUCUAGACAUCUGAGCCAAUUACUGUGCAUCCAACUGCUACUUAUCUGGAAUGUAACACUGUGUGCAUCCAGCAGUUACUUGUCAUGAAUGUAUCAUUACAUUGUGAAUGUAUCGCAGUGCCAUUCUGUGAAAUGCUGCCUCUUUAUCACUGAAUGAGAUCAACGAGAAGUGCGCUAGUUUGUGUACAAGCUCAUAAAACGUACUCUUACUAAGCUUACUUUGUAUUCCCAGUGAAACACCUCAACACAUUUUUGGAUGUCAGCUGCCAUUUUUGUCCAUCUGCGAUUUUUGAUAAUGUACAGUUUAUUAAAGAUUA